AUGUUUUUCAGCCGUUGGUUCGGACUGUGCUCUCAGUGCAGCCGCGUAGUUUCACGCUGUGAGUUAAAGUGGAGGACCCUGAAUGGACACAGCAGGCUGAAAUAUGCUAACUGUACACAGAAGCAGCCCUGGAGGACCACUGUAGUUCCAAAACGCCUCUCACACUGUGAUCUAGGGGAUUUAUACAAUAACAGCUUAGUUCAGGGGUAUCUGCAGAAAAUGAUGGAGGAACACAGAGUCAUUAGCAGGAAGCUACAACAUGAACUCCUCAAUAAUUCAGACAGGAAAGCCCUGCUAAAGAAGCACACAGAGCUGCAGCCUGUGACUGAUGUGUUUGGGAGCAUUAAACAAGCCCAAACAGACCUGGAAGAAGUCCUUUCCCUCCUGCACACUGGAGCUAAAGAAGAAGAUGAACACCUGACACAGCUGCUCAGAGAGGAAGAGGCACAGAUCUGCAGCAACAUUCUAGCCUUAAGAAAAAAUCUUAUCAAAGCUCUUGUUCCCAUUGAUCCUCUUGACUCGGGUGAUGUUGUGCUUGAGGUUGUCUCAGGACGAACAACAGGAGGUGACAUCUGCCAGCAGUUCACCAGGGAGAUGUUUGACAUGUACCAAGGCUUUGCUUGUUACAAAAACUGGGACUUUGAGGUUCUGAACUACUCACCUGCAGAGUAUGGCGGACUCCACCAUGCAGCAGUCAGGAUAGCCGGGGAGAAGGUGUACAGACACCUGAAACAUGAAGGAGGAACGCACCGGGUGCAGAGAAUUCCUGAGGUGGGCCUCUCAUCCAGGAUGCAGCGAAUCCACACAGGAACGAUGACGGUCAUCAUCCUGCCACAACCAGUGGAGUUUGAUGUCCAUAUCGACCCGAAGGAUCUGCGAGUUGACACCUUCAGAUCCCGAGGUCCUGGCGGUCAGAGUGUCAACACGACGGACAGUGCCGUACGGAUAGUUCAUCUUCCUACAGGAAUAACAGCCGAGUGCCAGCAGAGUCGCUCCCAGCUGCAGAACAGAGACACAGCCAUGCGUGUUUUGAGGGCCAAACUCUACCAGCGCACGAUGGGCAAGGAGACUGAGCAGAGGAACAUGGCACGAAAGCAGCAGGUGGGAACACGCAGCCAGGCAGAGAGGAUUCGCACCUACAACUUUAGUCAGGAUCGGGUCACUGACCACCGGACAGGAUACACCACUAGAGACAUUAAGGAGUUCUUGGGAGGAGGCAAAGAGCUCGAAGACCUGAUCUCAGACCUACUGGAACACGCUGAACAAGAAGCUCUCCUGGAGGCGGUGGAGAUUAGCACCUGUGUGAAGGGACACCCUGCAGAUUGAUGCCCCCCCCCCCCAGACUGUGAAGUGGUAGAAACAUCUCUCAAUCACAUCCGAUUUGUAUUCAUGCUUAUAUAUGUUUGUGCAAUCUGGAAUAAAGCAUAUUGGUAAACUCGA